AAUAAAAAAUGGCACGAACAACGUUCAUGACCCAUUUUCGACAAUCUUUAACAAUAAAUGCUUUGAGAUCUUACAUUGCUGAAUUCAUCUCCACUUUCAUCUUUGUCUUCAUUGCUGCUGGAUCUACCAUGUCUUCUAGGAAAAUUAUGCCAGAUGCAAGAUCAGACCCAUCAAGCUUGGUGGUUGUGGCCAUAGCAAAUGCAUUUGGACUCGCCACGGCCGUAUACAUCUCCGGCAGUGUUUCUGGCGGCCAUGUAAAUCCGGCCGUGACGUUCGGAAGGGUGGUGGGAUGUCACAUUCCAAUUCCUAAUGCCCUUUUCUACUGGAUUUCCCAAAUUCUUGGUUCGGUCAUGGCUUGCCUUAUCCUUAAGACCUUCACUUUGGAUCAAAAUGUGGUACCCCAUGCAAUAUCCGAGAAUAUGACCGGGUUCGGUGCUUCAAUUUUGGAGGGAAUAAUCACAUUUGCGUUAGUCUACACAGUUUACGCAGCCACAGAUCCAAGACAUGGGCAAUUGGGCUCUAUUGGACCUCUAAUCAUUGGGCUAGUGGUAGGUGCAAAUGUGCUUGCUGCUGGCCCAUUCUCAGGCGGGUCAAUGAAUCCGGCAUACUCAUUUGGAGCGGCUGCGGUUGGUGGUAGUUUCAAGAACCAAGCCGUCUAUUGGAUCGGACCCUUAGUCGGAGCAAUGCUUGCUGGGCUUUUGUAUGACAAUGUGGUGUACCCACCUCUUGAGUCGGAUCCCCCAAGGUGUGGUCAAGAUGGAUCUUGGGUUUGAUGUGAUUUAAAGUGAGAUAGUUAAUUGGUUAAGAAAUGUGUGUAUUUUAGUGUCUUUGUUAGUGUAAGUGCUUAUACAAUAUUAUGUUAGUUCAAACUUUGUUGUUAUGUUACAUUAAAUUAAACUUUGUAAGUUUUAAGAAACAAACAAUUUGUUGCAUCGGACCUCAGUCGGAGCAAUACCCACCUCUUGAAAUAUAUCCUCUA